UCACAGACUGUUUUGUUUACCCUUUCAGAUAUGAGGUGUCCUCCUCCACCUGCUAUUCAAAAUGGUCAGCUUAAUGGAGUCCCAAAACCAAGGUAUUUGCCUUUGGAGAAAGUGAAGUAUCGAUGCCUCCCAUCCUACAGUCUUUUUGGACCUUAUGCAGCAAUGUGUUUGAAGAGAGAAUGGAUAAACUUACCAGAGUGCAGAGCUGUUGCAGGAAGAUGUGAUCGCCCACCUUCUAUAGACAAUGGAGACAUCCUGGAAAUGCCCAAGUCUGAAUAUCUGUCGGGAGAAAAGGUGCACUAUAAAUGCCAAAACCUGUACAGAAUGGAUGGAAAUGCAGAAGUAACUUGUGAUAAUGGUCAUUGGACGCAACCACCAACAUGCAUAGUUCCUUGUUCAACAAGCGAAGAAGACAUGAAAAUGAACAAUAUACAGUUGAAGUGGAAAUACGACUCAAAACUGUAUGCAGAAUCUGGAGAUAUUACAGAAUUUGCCUGUAACUGGGGCUACCGUGCAGAUCGUAAUUCUCCUCCAUUCAGAGUACAGUGUAUAGAUGGCAGAUUCGAAUAUCCAAGAUGUGUAAGAUGGAUAUAAGACAAUGGAGGAGAGGCAUACAGCCAAGAUUUUUAACCAGCAUGUUGUCUUCCAGAAUCAUUGAUUACUUGCCUUUAAUUAAAUUUUUCAAGAUUUUUUCAAGUGCCAUUUUCACCAUUUUAUGCAGCUGCUCACAGUGAAUUACAAACAUUUUAAAAAUUUUAUGGAAAAAAAACCCUGCAACUUUAUUGCAGGUGAAACUAUGCACAUGUUAUACACAUUGGUCUAACCAACCAUUUUAUUAGCUCAGUUUAAAACAGUAAAAUAUAACCUUAGAGAAGCAAGAAAUAUGCUAGAAUGCUAACAUUGUACCUGUGAGCUACUAGUUAGAACUAGCAGUGCUAAAUGGUUGCAUGUAUUGGCAGUGGAUGUUUUUACCUCUGAAGAUCUUGUCCACAUCUGAAAAAUAAGAAUAAAAGCUCAUUUGCAAAAACA